UCUCUGUUCCAAUGGUGCGUUCAGUGUUUUAAUUCUACAUUUUUUCCCUAUACCUGCCUCUUCAACUCCACACCAACCACGUCACAUAUGCGCUUUCCUGCCUAGAGACCACCCUCUGCUCCAUCCAGCCCCCCCUACUCCCCUCCUCCUCCUUCUCCACCAGGGACCAAGUAGGUUUUCUGCACUUGCCACGGCAGCUCGCAAUGGACAGCACCACAAAGACUCAGUGAUCCCUCGCAUCACCCGGACGCUUGACAGAAACCACAGCUGACAGGCAAUCUUGGCGUUCAGUAGGGACAUCUAGAGAAAGUAUAAAAGGGAGACAGAGAGAAAGAAAGCGGAAGUGCUUUGUGGACUACCCCUUAAAAAUAAAUAAGGUUUUGAACCUGCAACGCAAACAGGCAUUUUGUUUUACAGAUCUUUUGUUGCCCUAAAAACAGAAUCAGCACAAUGGAAGAAGACAUGGAUGAGGGGCAGACCCAGAAAGGAUGCCUUGAAUGCUGCAUCAAAUGCCUGGGUGGUAUCCCAUACCCAUCUCUUAUAGCCACCAUCUUGCUGUAUGCGGGCGUGGCUCUGUUCUGCGGCUGCGGACAUGAGGCCCUGUCUGGCACUGUAACCAUCCUCCAGAACUACUUCGAGGUGGUACGGAGCCCUGUGGAUGCACUGGACGUCUUCACCAUGAUUGACAUUAUCAAGUAUGUGAUCUACGGCAUUGCUUCAGCUUUCUUCGUCUAUGGCAUCCUGCUGAUGGUGGAGGGCUUUUUCACCAGUGGAGCAAUUAAAGACCUGUAUGGAGACUUCAAGAUCACCACCUGUGGACGCUGUGUCAGCGCUUGGUUCAUCAUGCUGACAUACAUCUUCAUGCUGGCUUGGCUCGGAGUGACUGCUUUUACUUCCCUCCCAGUCUUUAUCUAUUUCAACAUCUGGAAUAUUUGCCAAAACACUACCGUGCUCGAGGGAGCCACACUCUGCCUGGACCCACGCCAGUAUGGUAUUGUGCCAAUUGCUGAAGCAAAAACAGUGUGUGCUGGAUCAGAGAAGUUCUACAAGAUGUGUGAAUCCAAUGAGCUGGACAUGACAUUCCACCUGUUCAUCUGUGCCCUCGCUGGAGCAGGAGCUGCUGUUAUCGCUAUGAUCCACUACUUGAUGGUGCUGUCUGCCAACUGGGCCUAUGUGAAAGAUGCCUGCCGAAUGCAGAAGUACGAGGACAUCAAGUCAAAGGAGGAGCAGGAGCUUCAUGACAUCCACUCCACUCGCUCCAAGGAGCGUCUCAACGCCUACACAUAAGACCAGCGUGAGGCCUGGCCCUGCCACUCCGGCCUCUCUCCCUCUCUCUCUCUCAUCUGUCUUUCUGUAUUUCUAUCUCUCUCUCUACCAUCCCCUCCCGAGGGGGGGCGGAUGGCGCCUAGGGCCCUCGCCACCGCUGAUGUCACUGGUGCGUCAUAUGACAAUGUGGUCUGGGGGGGGGACGUCACACAAACCUCCUCAGUCACAAACAGCAUUUCAGAUGAAAAAAAGCCCCUUUACCUCUCUCAUGGAUGGUGUUAUGAUUAUCAGUAUGGCAGUUAUAUUAUUCUUGAUACAAGUUGUUUAGUGUUGAUAGUAGUUUUAGUGCAGUUUGUAGAAUCAGAAGUAGCAGUAGUAUGUCAGCUUUUUUUACUUGGAAAAAUUUGCGAACAAUUGUUUAUCUUUUCCUUCAGUUUUUAUUUGAUGCUACGUGUCAUUUUGCUCUCAUGCAUAAUUUAUUUUUUACUGAUUUCCGAGGGGGUCAACUGGGGCUUAAAAGGGUUUUCAAGCACAUUUUCUCAUGUCGUGUGUCUGGAGAUUUCAUGUACAAGAACUAUGUACUGUAUGUGAAUGGGUGGUUAGUUAUGAAAAUAUUUUAAAUCUCACAACGCAACCAUGAAGCAUUGUAAGCCUUUGUCAUACCAGUAUUCCCAGGGAUUAAAAAUGCUUUCCUAUUUGAAGUUAUACAAUAGCAAGACAACAUUAAUAAAUACCAAAUCAUUAGAGUAAAACAAAUAUUUGCUAGAUGUGCCAAGCCUGUUUAACAGGAAACAAUGAUGCGACUAGUCAAUUAAAAAUAACUUGUAGGUUAUUUUCUGAUAAUCUUGCCAAUUACAUGUAUUUUAGGACUGUGAAUGAUUCUAUCGUCUUUGAAUCACAAGCCACAAAAGCACAUGCAAACAUGCUUUCAUAACACCUUUUUUAGUUUCUUAAAGUGGAACUUUAUAAAUACUAAACUCCUGUUGUUGCAGAACUCUGCACUGUAUAUACUGAUAUAUCAAAGCAUACCUAUAUGUUAAGCACUGACAUUUAAGGACAAUUCCUGUGAGAAUAAGAAGAGUCUCAACUGAAAAGAAACCCUGACAAUGAAAAGUUGUAAUGGCACUCCUUGAUGGAAUUAUCAGAUGUGAGAAAAGUGUGUGUCACAGUAAUUGUUGUUCAUGGCAGUAACUGUAUUGCUUACACAUCCUGAUGCCAUACAACUACAUAUGUUGUCUGUCAGUUCAUUGUCUGGCAAAAUUUAUUUUGUCAGUAUUUCUAAAAGCUAGUUUCAUGCACUUAUUUGACCAUUUCUGUGCUCUCUCUAGAUGUAAGCGCAUUGGUGUUCAACUAAAAGUUGGGAUAACUGUACUGUUAGUAAAGACUGUGAAUUUAGAUGUUUUUUGUGGCAUGGACAUGCAUUAAUAUAGUCUUAUUGACUCAAAAGUUACUUUACUUCACUUCUUUAUUUUUACACUUCUGACUGUCUUGCUGGAUCAACCCUUUGUUUAUAUGUGCAGUACUAAACUUCCCAUGCUUACCGCGUUAUGCUACUGAUAUUAGAGACUGUAGUCUUUGAGUUGUGUCUAUUUAGUUUGUGAUGAGCUCUCAACCAUGUCUUGAAACUAAUACCUGUACCAACAUUGCUUAUGAUCUGAAAAAACACUUUCAGCUUUUUCCUCGUAUUAGUCUUUUGUACUUUCACUACGAAUGCUUAGUAGCAGGCUUUAAAUUGAAUAUGUUUUGUACAUUCAUGUGCCAACAGCUUGAAGUGGCUUAUUUGAACUGUAUGAUCAAAUUUGCUUGCAUUAAUAAAAAUCACUUGUGUACUUGUUAAUAAAUA